AUGGUGGAGGUGGAUGUAGAGUGCGUGAUGAUUCCCAACUCCUAUUACGAGGUGCUGCCGCGGGAGGGCGUGGAGGAGGUGGCGGCGCCGUGGGCCAACAUACAGGACUCGCCCCGCGCCUGCUGCGCCUCCUGCCACGACAUGCCCGCCUGCAACGCCUUCCAGUGGUGCCCCCUGGAGGGCGGCUGCGCGGGGCCCAACGGCACGCAGUUCCCGUACCAGGGCUGCCAGCUCAUCGACCUGUCCCGCUUCCUCAAAGGCUCAGUCAACACGGGCCAGCUCAAGCUGCAGGGGCCCGAGGUGCCCUUCACGGCAGGCUCGCCGCUGUUCUUCUCGGUGCCCAAGCUGUCUGGGUACGACGUGGAGAUAGGCCGCAACUUUGGCGGCAAAUUCAACUACUCCUGCCCCGCCUCGGAGGCGCUUAAGGAGGCGUGCGACGCCGACCCGCUGUGCCUGGCCUUUUCUUUCUACCCCUCAGGCAGCGGCACGUGGCUCACGGAGCUCUCCUUUGGCGUGCUCAAGGGCGGCGAGGAGGUGCAGCUGAGCAGCGCCGACACAGAGCUCAACCCCAAUGCCGCCAUCUACAUCAAGCUGGAGCCCACCCAGGCCGGGGGCAUGCCCGGCAGCAUAGACGAGGGCGCGGCAGACUCGUCCGGCGGCGGCGGCGACAGCACCACGCUGAUUGCGGCGGUGGUGGGCUCCGUGGCCGGGCUGCUGCUGGUGGCCGCCUGCGUGCUGCUGUUCUUCCUGCGCCGCCGCCGGAGCAAGGCCGCGGUGGCCGACGACCGCAAGCCGGGCGGCGGCGAGGGCGGCAGCGGCGCCGGCGGCGACGCCGAGCUGGCCACCGCCGGCAGCGGCAGCACGCCCGGGCACGACGGCGGCGACGGCGGCAGCCCGCUGGCCGGCGGCGGCGCCGACGGCGGCUCCAGCGACACGUCGCACGACGAGGCGCAGCUGCUGGAGGCGGCGGCGGCGGGGCUGGGCCCCAAACCCAUGCGCCGCACCCUCAGCCCACCCUCCGUCGUGAACGCCUCGCUGCCGGGGGCCGGCGCCGGCGAGGCGGAACCCUUCUCGCCCUUCAUGGUGCUGUCUGAGGUGGCGCCAGCUGGUGGCGGCGGCGGCGCGGAAGUCGCAGAGGUCGCCGCCGUCGGGUGGCGGCAGUCGAUCAGCAGCGACAGCACCGCGGCCUGGCAGCACGACGGCGCGGCGCAGCAGGCGGGGCAGGAGGAGCUGCCCGUGGUGGUGGAGGUGCAGCGGGCGGUGGCGCUGGGCGGCGGCGGCGGCGGCGGCGGCGGCGGCGGCGGCUGCGGGGCGGGCGGCGAGGUGGGCGAGCGCGGCAGCAUGCCCCCCAGCAUGCGCAUGGCAGGCAACGCGCGUGAGCUGCUGGAGGUUUUUGCCCGCAUGUACAACCAGCGGCCUGCCGUGGACUAUGCUGUGGUUGCUCAGAUGCUGGAUCAGGAGACAGACCUCGGGGCGGUGGCUGCGGCAGAGCGCGCGGACGAGGAGCGGCUGCGCAGCGUGGACCGCGCCGCGGCGCAGCACCGCUCCGCCUCCCGCUCCCUGCCCCCGGGCGCGCAGGCGGGCAGCCAGCAGCCCGAGGUGGUGGUGGUGGAGGUGGCCGGCGGCGCGCAGCAGCAGCAGCAGCAGCAGGCCCUGGCGGCGGCGGCGGCGGGAUUAGCAGCAGCAGGGGCGCAGCAGCCAGCGGCAGGGGGCGCUGUAGCGGCCUGGCAGCAGGAGCAGAGCUUGCUGCCGGGCAUGGUCAGCCCCCCUGCCAGCAGCAGCAUGCUGCCGCCAUCAGCAGAGUGGUCCCUACAGCCUGAGGAGGUUGAGAUCUGCAAGCGGCCCGAUGGCAGCUACUGGCAGCUGGGCACCGGCGCCUUUGGCACCUGCUACAAGGGCCUGUACCACGGGCAGCAGCUGGUGGCGGUCAAGUUCAUCGGCGCCUGCCUGGACGGGCCCACUCCCAUGCUGGUCACCGAGUUUAUGGAGUUUGGCGAUCUGUGGAGGGCGCUGCCGCUGAAGAACCCGCAGGCGCAUCGCAUCUUUGCAUGGCACAAGCGCGGGCGGCGGGUGCUGUACGAUGUAGCCCGAGGGCUUCACUACCUUCACCGCCGCCGCAUCGUGCACCUCGACCUCAAGAGCGGCGACGUGCCCGUGCGCGGCGAGAUGCGCCCGCUGGUGGCGCCCGCAGACUGCCCGCAGCCGGUGGUUGACCUGUACGAGCGGUGCAUCGCGGAGCAGCCGGAGCAGCGGCCCACCGCCGAGGAGCUGCUGGAGGUGCUCGGCUCGCUUCUGUAG